AACAUGAUAACAUAUUAAUUUCAAGAAAGAAAACAUUAAAUAUUACAUGCAAUGGCGAGCAUCGUGACAAGUUGAAACAAGUCCAAUGUAGAACAUAAACAAAGCACUGUUGACAUUUUCCUUGCAUCUGAUAGGGUGAUAUUCAUAAGUCGGAACAAGUCAGUGUGACUCGCUUCCAAUAUGGAUUCCUCCUACAGCUGUUAAAGGAGCUUACUAGAUAAUUGAGUAGCAGUUUGUUGUGGUUUGGGUCGGGUUAACCUAUCUAGAUAUGGCUGGAACGGUCGAAAUCGAUCCUCUCGCCGUUCCUGUCAAAAUCCGAAAACAAGAUAGUGACAUUCGACUGGCAGGAAAUAAGCGAGCAAUCGACCUUGCAUUCGGAUUGGGGGAUGCACAUAGACCCAUAUCUGCAACAGAUGAUUGCAGGACUAAAACCCCGAGGAUGCCUAGCACACUUGAUGACUUUGCAGUCAUUUCCACCAUAGGCUCAGGUUCAUAUGGAACAUGUCGCAAGAUCCGCCGCAAAAAAGACGGAAAGGUGUUGGCGUGGAAGGAGAUGGACUAUGGGUCGAUGACUGAGACGGAGAAGCAAAUGUUGGUGUCAGAGGUGAACCUUCUGCGUGAGCUGAGACACAGUAACAUUGUACGGUACUAUGACCGCAUCAUCGAUCGCAGCAACACCACCAUCUACAUCAUCAUGGAGUAUUGUGACCGUGGCGACCUCGCCUCCCUCAUCUCUAGGUGUCGCCGUGACGAAGUAUAUAUGGAAGAGGACUUUGUGUGGAAGAUUUUAGUACAGAUCACACAGGCCUUACAGGAAUGUCAUCGACGCAAGAACGGGAAGGCUGUGCUGCACCGUGACUUGAAACCUGCAAACAUCUUCCUCGACUCAGAUGAAAAUGUCAAGCUGGGUGAUUUUGGUCUUGCCCGAGUACUACACCAUGAAACAAGCUUUGCUAAAACCUAUGUUGGAACACCAUAUUACAUGUCACCAGAGCUGGUAAACAAUAUGUCAUACAAUGAGAAGUCGGACAUCUGGUCCAUGGGCUGUAUCCUGUACGAACUCUGUGCCCUCCGACCUCCUUUCACAGCAUCCAAUCAACAUGAACUAAAUAAAAAGAUAAGAGUUGGUGACUUCGCGCGGAUUCCAAACAAAUAUACUGAUGGUCUCAACAAUGUCGUAGCAAAAAUCAUCAGAGUAGAGGUUCACAAAAGGCCGACUAUUGAUGAAGUACUGAAUGAACCAUUGGUGAUGAAGAAACGGACAAGUUUGGGCCUAGAUUUCAAUCAACGUGACGAGGGUCGUCGUGACUCCCGUCAAAGGUUGUCCAGCCCAGAGUCAAGGUCACAUACGGAUUGGGAGGAGGAGCUGCGAACCCGAGAACAGAAGCUGGACUCAAGGGAGAGAGAACUUGAUGACAGAGAAAAUCGUAUUUGUCUUAAAGAAAAGCUUCUGGAAGAAAAAUUGAAAAGGGCAGAGAUGCUGAUAAGGGAAUUCGGUCGGAAAGGCAGUGUAGACAGAGAUGUGUUUCAAGCAGGGGAUGCAGACAUGUCGCUGGAGAGCAGGUCCUCAUGUCUGUCCAAGAGGAAGAAGGACCCAGAUACACCAAAGAAAAAAGUCACAUUUGACAUGUACGGAAAGGAGAAUUGUCGAAAGAAAGACACUGUGCCUUCUACAGACACCUACUUUUCCACGUUUACUGACCUGGAGGGUGAUUAUACUGACUUGUAUUUGAAUGAGCUGGCAAAACGAAGGGAACUCAAGGAAAAACUUUUCAAGGCAAAAGCUAGAGCAAUGGAAAUACGAAGCAUCGAGGAUGACAUACGACCACGAGCAAAAAACACUAACUCUAACUUACUGUUCUUUAGAUAAUAAUAGUUGUUAUUAGUAAUGUUAUACUGUAUUAUUGUUGAGACAGCAAUGUUAUACUGUAAAGUUUGACUCUGUUAAAAUGCAGUCAGAUUGAUAGUUACAUAUAUUUAGUUAGGAAACUGGAUUUAUAUCACAAUGAUCAAAUACAGCAGGAAGGUAUCUUGCAGGUCAGAUUUUUGUCCUUUGUAGUGAGAUUCCGUUGUCAGUAUUAAAUGUUGGUCAGACAAUUUUACUGUAAAAAAUAUCUUUUAAAUAUGUACAUACCAUUUGUUACUUGUUUUUUUUUUACUAUUUAUAACUUUCUAUUAUAAUGUUUACCUCUGGAUGUUAGUAGAUCAAAACUCAAUAUACAUCAGUGAGUUACUGACCUUGUUCAGCCUGAUAUUCACCGUAUGUGUGUCAAUGCUGCUGGGAUCACAUGUACAGGUAUUGCAUGAUCCAUGUCCUUAUUGGUGUCUGUCAAGUCAGAUUUCACUAACUGUUGUUAUACAUUAUUUUAUGUACAUGUACAAUAAUGAGGUGACAUAAUUGGGAUACAGGAUUGGUAUAUGUUUAAAAUAAUUAGAUACUUAAAUACCACAGUAUAAACCCAGUAAAUAGAGGAUCUAAAAUGAGUUUUCAUGUAAUGUUGAAAAUUAUUAAACUAGUUUAUAAAUUUCAUAUGAAAUUAAUAAACUCAUUUAACAAAUUUAAUAUUACAUGAACACUCGUGUAAGAUCCUCUUAAAUGAUACAGUGUUAGUACUAAUAUAAGGACGACUGUUACCAUUUAAUGGGUUUGGUUUUAUUUUGUAUCAGAUAUAUCCCAUUAACAGCUGAUGUCAAUUAAGGACGUCAAUGAAGGGAGAAGAUAUCAAUGGACAAAAUUUCCUAGUGUACAUUCUGCUGUUUACUAGCAGAAAUAUAAAGUACUUGUUGGUAUGUUGUACGAUGUAUUGUGUGAGGGUGGGAGAUGAUAUAGUACAGUUAAGUAAUGCUUGUUUGCAUAUCAUUGAAUAAGGGAGUGUGGGGAUACAGUAAGUACUGGCUGGUGGAUUGUAUGGGGCUGUGUGUGUAGGAGAGUAGGUAUAGUACCAUCAGGUAGUGCUAGUUUCUGUAUCAAAGAACAACAUGUACUGUUACCUGCAAUGUAUUUAUUUUCAACUUAUUUAAACUUGGUCAUUCCAUAUUUUUUACAAUUCAUAUGGGUAUAGUAAGUGUUAUAUAUAAUAUAAGGAAGUGUUAUAUUAUCUCUUCUAUGGUUGUAUUGUUAUGACACAGCCUUGAGGAGAAUGAGAGGCUUAUGGUGUUAAUUACUACUGUACAGGCUACACCUUCAACAAUACUGAUCAAGUUUGGUUAAAAUACCUUGAUUUAAGAUACAUGUACAGGUAAGUAGAUACACCUGGGUUGUUACACUACAUUGAUUUUAGAUGCCUGUACAGUAAGUAGAUUAUACCUGGGUUGUUACACUACAUUGAUUUUAGAUACCUGUACAGGUAAGUAGAUAUACCCAGGUUGUUACACUACAUUGAUUUUAGAUACCUGUACAGUAAGUAGAUUAUACCUGGGUUGUUACACUACAUUGAUUUAAGAUACCUGUACAGGUAAGUAGAUAUACCCAGGUUGUUACACUACAUUGAUUUUAGAUACCUGUACAGUAAGUAGAUUAUACCUGGGUUGUUACACUACAUUGAUUUUAGAUACCUGUACAGGUAAGUAGAUAUACCCGGGUUGUUACACUACAUUGAUUUUAGAUACCUGUACAGUAAGUAGAUUAUACCUGGGUUGUUACACUACAUUGAUUUUAGAUACCUGUACAGUAAGUAGAUUAUACCUGGGUUGUUAUACUACAUUAAUUUAAGAUACCUGUACAGGUAAGUAGAUUAUACCUGGGUUGUUACACUACAUUGAUUUUAGAUACCUGUACAGGUAAGUAGAUACACCUGGGUUGUUACACUACAUUGAUUUUAGAUACCUGUACAGUAAGUAGAUUAUACCUGGGUUGUUAUACUACAUUGAUUUUAGAUAACUGUACAGGUAGGUAGGUUAUAAUGUACCCAGGUAUUUUUAGAACAUAUCUCCUCAUGCAUGAAAACAUUCCGCUCAUAAAGGCUCAUUCAGAUCAUUAUAACAUUCAAACCGUCCAUUAUGAUUAUAAAGAUAACCCGUCCAUGUUGAAUACCAGUGCAAGCAGGUCUCGUUAAACAGCUAAUUUAGCUGUAAUAGUGUCACGUUUGGUUUUGAUUUUACAUGCUUAUGUUACAUAAUCUGGACUAUUGUCUCGUAUUUCAUAUACCUAUUUAUGAAUACUAAAGUCACAUUCAUAUCAUUUACAAAAUAUUGUAGUUACACUGAAGUUUGGCAUGUGUGUUGUGUACAAAGAUCAUUUUUGUACCCCAAGGAAGGUUACAUAGAGGAGUCUACUGUUAAAUCAAUGAAAUAUUUGGUUCUGAAUUCAUUUUUGAACAUCUCAUUUUUUACAAUCCUGCAUGUAUUGGAUGUAUCAUGUCAGGAAAAUGAUUUGUGAAUGAAGCAUUCUAAAGGUAUUGAGCCAUCAUUUGAUGAAUUUCAGCUCAUUGACAUGUUCCAUUCACAACCCUACUGCUAACAAUAUUAUUGUUUUAGCAGUUGAGAAUACAAGUGCUUCUCACUAUUGUAUUGACAUUUUAAUUAAAUGCUUUAAAAUGACA